AUGAAAGGAAUAUACACUUUAUCAAUUGUAACUACAGUUGCGUUAAUAGUAUUUCUUAGUGUAUUCUUUAGUAUCGGAUAUCCAGAAAUAUUGAAAAACAACUUUACAAAAACCAUUUGUGAUAUUACAAGAAAAUGGAAUAUUCCAAAUUAUUGUUGUUAUAAAGAAUGCAAUACUUGUGAAAAUGCACCUUCUAACGUUAGUAGUUGUAACUCAUUACUUGAUAAUUGGAAUUCUAUUGACCCUAUGAUUUGCAAUAAUAAUUGUCCUUCUAAUGAUGAUAGUUCAUUAUGUAAAGAUGGUUAUAGAUGUUGUGCUGAAAGUUGUUAUCAAACAUGUUCAAAUUCUGGAUCUGGAUCUUCCUCGUCCUCUUCAUGCACAACAAGAUGUGAUUGUGUAUCUUGGGUUUGGAACGAAAGAUGUAAAAUCAUUUGUCCAUUUUGUUAUAAAGUAAUUAUUGAAGUAAAAUACAAUACUUCUCAAGGUAUAAAAAUAUCAAAUAUCACAAACUCCUUUAGACAGAAUAAAAAAGAUUCAGAAAAUUACAUGAAUAUGUAUUCACCCACAACACCAACUCUAUAUUAUUAUGAUCCUAAAAAUAUUUCAAACGCUUUCUUUAAUAUUGAUUACACCAUAAAAACUUGGGCAAUCGUAGGAAUAACUAUCUUUUUCUUAUUCGUAUGUCUUGUUUCAUUUACGAUAUACCUCUCAUCAAAAUAUAUACCACCUACACAACAUUGUAUAAAUAUCGUCAUAUGUCCAUGGUUCGGUACUGUAAUACCGAUAAUCCUUAUUUCUGUUUCACACGCUCCAAAUGUAAAUACGAAUGUUUUAUAUUUAAUAUCAUUGAUAUUCAUCAUAAUCUGUUGGGCUAAUGUUCCAAAUGUAGAAUGGGAAAAAAAAAUCAAAAAUAAUCAUAAGUCAUUCUUAAUAGUUAUAGGAUCAUUUGUAAUACCUUUGUUAAUAUUUGAAAUUUACAAUGAGCCACCAUCAAAAUAUCCAAAAGAACCACCUCCAGCAUAUACUGAAAAUUCUCGUCCAAUAUAUAUCGAAAAUUUAGAAUAUAUUACAGAAGAAUCAGAAUCUAGUAAUACUAAUUAA